CUGACUAUUGACAUGCUCGCGGUGAGCGUUCCCGCGUUACAGACAGCGGUGAUUGGUCAGCGGCCGCGGAGGAUGCUGGGAGCACUCGCUGUUUGAACACAGUGGCGGCAAAUCUCCCUCAGAGCAGCGAGAGGACCCCCAGUGUAAUCCCGCUCUCACACUGACCGGCAUGGCUCCCACACCGCGCAAGAGGAAGCACAGCUCGGCCACCCCGGAGGGGUGUCAGUCAUCAUUUGGAACUCCUAAUAAGAAAUUAAUGGUUGAUUACAGUAAUGCAGUGUCUCCUCUAGCGACUCGGAACACCAACAGGUUUCCCUCAAAGAAGCCCUCCUCUUUACCUGGUUACAUGGAUAUGGAGCUUCUCACAGAUAAAGAAAAUUUUGGAGACUCUCCCAUAAAAUCCAACGCAGUGAGGAAACUUGUCAUCUCUCCAACCCAAAAUGUUGCUGUGCCAAAACACACGUAUGGUUUAUCGCCUCUUAAAAGGUCCCCAAGGCUUGGCUCAGAGUUUAAGCCGACUGUGCCAACAGUAUCUUUUUAUAAAAAGGAUACGUUUUAUGUCACUCCUCUGGAUAGGAAGCGAAUAAAGGAGACCAAGUCUUCAAUGACAAGGCUAGAUGAAGAUUUGUUUUGUUCUCCUGAUAAACCCACCAAAAGCCCAGAACUUAAAGAUGUCUAUAAAUUCACCCAAACUAGAAAACAACCAACUAAGCAAAAGGCAAGCCGUAAGCGAGGGAAGGUAUUUCCAAAGAAUGGAAAAUCAUUUCCAAAAAGUCCUCCGCCUGUCAAGCCAGCUGUGCCAGUGGAAGACCCUGUGGAUGGUCCUAAAGUGGGGGUUUUAGGGUUUAAAAUGAAACCAAAGCUGAAGCUUACAGUUGGAGCUGCGUUUUUUGCUACAAGCAAGAGGCCACAUUCUGCUCCCAAGAGGACUUCUCCAUAUAUUAAGUUUCUUCCAACCUCAAAAUCUACAGCAAAGCUAGGAAACGUUCUCAAUGUAGUCCACUCUAGGGAUAACAUCAGAGAGAGAUGCGUGAAGGAAGUCCACAGGGAGGGAAUUCUUGUGCAAAAGUCUUCAUCAGAAGAAAAGAAUGAAGUCAACAUAAACAAAGGGAUGGGGGACCGAAUAACAGAAGCGAAAAUGAAAAGUUGCAUUAGUGAUGAUGAUCACCACAACAAGCCAAAGAGUCCAUCUUAUGCCCCAAAACAGCGGGGCGCAGUGGUGUCGCAGGUGGUUCCUGAUUCACAGCUUGACAUGGAUGAACAGAUAUUGAAAUCAUCUGACAAAAAAGCCUCCACAAUUUAUCCAAUUUUCAGCACCCCUACUGCAGGUAAAAAGAGGCCUUUUGAUUUCCAUGGAGAUCUGUCAUCCCCCAUUUGCUCCAGCACUCCAUCUGCCACUUCCAUUGGUUUAAACCUAAUCCACAAACCAAGCAAGAAGAAGAAAGAGGCAAACAAGGAGUCUGAAGACCAGCUCAUUAUAGAUGCAGGACAGAAACACUUUGGUCCAGUGGCUUGCAGCACAUGUGGGAUGAUUUACUCUGCAGCAAGUCUGGAAGACGAAGCACAGCACGUACAGUACCACCGGCGGCUGAUGGAGGGCAUUCGAUACAUGGGUUGGAAGAAAGAGAGAGUGGUGGCUAAAUAUUGGGAUGGAAAAAUCUUAUCAAUAUCCCCGGAUGAUCCCAAGUAUGCACUAAAAAAGGCAGAAGAGGUUCGGGAGCUUGUUGACACAGAGCUAGGGUUUCAACAGAGUACCCUAGUGUGCCCAAAAAAGACUAAAACCUACCUGUUCAUCUCCAAUGAGAAGAAAAUAGUUGGAUGCGUGAUUGCAGAACCAAUCAAACAGGCAUAUAGAGUCAUUGCUGAACCCAUCUCUCCGGAGUCCGUUAGUAGAGAUACUUUGGACAGACACAGAGCCUGGAGAUGCUCCAACACUCCACAAGAAGCCAUAUGUGGGAUCAGCAGAAUCUGGGUCUUCGCUUUAAUGCGCAGAAAAGGCAUUGCCAGGAAACUGAUGGAUGCAGUGAAGAGUUCCUUUAUUUAUGGAUCGUACCUCACGACAGAUGAAAUUGCCUUCUCAGACCCAACCCCGGACGGCAAACAGUUUGCCAGCAGCUACUGUGAAAUCCCAGAUUUCCUCGUAUACAAUUUUGUCCGCUAGGACACCAGUUUUGCUUGUUAGCUUUUUUUUUUUUUAUUUUUUUUUUUUUUCCUUGACAUAGUAAACCAUUUAGGAUGUCAGCGACUGUUGCACUUUGUUUGUUUUUACCAGUUUCUUCUGGCUGCUGCUUGGCACAUGUUAUCUCUUGUGACAUGUUUAUUUUUUUUUUAUAUACAUAUAUUUAAGAAAUGAUGUACUAUAAAAUACAGCUUUAGGAGACUUUGGAGUUACUAAAAUGCUUUAGCAUGUUUGCUAUGGGCAGUCAGAUCAUAUCUCCAAAGCUACACCUUGUUUGGCAAUUUCUUGCCAGUUUGGUUGGUCCCAUACAUGAAAAGAGCCCGAUGUUAUACAUGUGGACAAUGGAUCCAUUCAUUUAGAGGUGCAGUAAAGAAGUAUAUUGAUAGUAAGAGCUGAUCCAUGUGCAUGUAUCCUCUAUCCUUAUUUUAGGCCCCAGGAGAGUUUAUAUCAAUUUUCAUUGGUGAUGUUCCAUAUUGUAAAAUAAAAUUGUGUUCUAGGUUGACCUUUUCUUCCUCUGUAAAUAUUUAGAUUGUGAAUAUGUUUAUGUUGUAUUAAAGUCUCGCCAGGCCCCUAGCAGUGAUAUGGGUCAGUUUAAUAAAUUGAAGAGCUGGCAGUCAUGCAUCGGAAA